UGUAAACUUAUGAAGAAAAGUUCAAUGAUUUUAUUAUUAAUAUUUUAACAAGCUGAUUCAUAAUUUCAUACCAACCAUGACGUUAGAAAGUGGCACGCAUUAACUUUCAAAAGCCAAACCAAUAUUCUAAUUUAAAUGGGUAGACUUGGUCCACUAAGAUGGUGCACCUGUGGCCAGAAGUAACUCCUUCUAUAUCUCUGUCUUCAUGACAAAAAUGAAACACGACUUAUUUGAUAAAUGGGUGUAUUUAAGGAGAUAACAACUGGUUCUUAAGUCUUAACUCUUAAUCUUAUGUCCCAUUUACAUCCUUGAUUUGUUGAAUUUGUUCUGAGCUUGUUAUUUGUGGGGAGUAUCAUCAUGGUUUUCUGGGUGUUUGGCUAUGGUUCAUUGGUAUGGAACCCUGGGUUUGAUUAUGAUGAUAAAAUGAUAGGGUACAUCAAGAAUUACAGGCGUGUGUUUGAUCUAGCAUGCAUUGAUCAUAGAGGUACACCUGAGGACCCUGCAAGAACAUGCACACUUGAAUAUAAGGAAGGAGCUGUCUGUUGGGGCGCUGUGUAUUGUGUAAAAGGAGGUGAGGAGAAAGAAAGAUUGGCAAUGGCGUAUUUAGAGAACAGAGAAUGCGAAUAUGAUCAGAAGACCACUGUAGACUUUUUCAAGGAAGGGGAGAUUAGUGAGGCUACUUUAUCAGGAGUUAUAGUUUUCACAUCAACUCCAGACAAGGAAUCGAAUAAGUACUACCUUGGGCCUGCACCAUUGGAGGAUAUGGCCAAACAAAUUGCGACUGCUACUGGUCCAUGUGGAAAUAACAGAGACUACAUUUUCUUGCUGGAGAAAGCUAUGUUUGAUAUUGGUCAUGAAGAUGACAUGGUGAUAGAAUUGGCAAAUGAAGUGAGAAAAGUACUUGGAAACACGGGUUUAGGAAUACCAAAAGAGAGCAACAGCAGCAGCAAUAGAUUAACAGGACCUUCUCAUAAACCCAAGUCACCUCAUAAAUUGCUUCAUCUUCCUGAAGCUAUUGCCAUGGACACUUGAACCUAAGAUUAAAGGAGAGAAGACACAAGACAGACAGACAUAAACAUAACCUCAUUCACUUAACUCCCACUGAAUCGGCUGGCCAAUAUCAUGACGACACAUCAACAACCUCGUUUACUUCUCCUUUUCUUUAUUCUGUUAACCGAGCCUUUUAAAGUUCAUCAUCACAUGACAUCAUGGGCUCAUUACGUUACCUGUUACUUUUUUAUAGAGUGGGAUGAAUUAUGUGUUUCAAAGUAUAAAGUUUUAACACUACUUUAAUGCAACUUCACAUUUACUAUUUACAUGUUUGACCAUGGACCAUAUUAAUAUGCUCUGACCUGGACCAUUGUGGACCACCUUAAUGCUAUGGUGGUCACAUAGAAAUAGAAUAGGCGGGCGGGCAGGCAGGCUCCAUGUUGGUUGUGGACCACGCACCAUUGGCUGGCUCCAAGAUAUUUGGGACCGCUUUGCUUUGCUUUGAUAUUAUGGAAUUUUGGAAUCAAGAACCAACUCUACUACUUAUCUACUUGUCUUGGUUGGUCCUUGAUCGGAUGAGAUGACUAUCAUGCUCAAAUUAUAACCACAAAUAUUGAAUUCAAACCAAAGCUGGAAUCAAUACUAUCGAUGUUGUAAUAGUUUAUUAUGUAUAUGAUUCAUAAUGAA